AUGGAAAAUCAUCUGCCAGAAGAGGUGGAAGCCUACCUGGAGGAAGUGGUCAAGCGUCUUAUUGAUCACCUGAAAGACCAGCUAGUCGGAGUGUAUCUAUUCGGUUCAGCGAGUAAUGACGCCUACGAGCCAGGCCUCAGCGACCUGGACGUGCAGGCCGUAGUGAAGAAUCCACUUGACACCGUCGAGAAGCAGGCCGUCAUAAGCCGCUUGAACCAGGACGUCUUGCCCUGUCCGGCUACCAAACUCGAGUUUGUAGUCUAUGCUCAAAGCUCUGUCUCUCCGACCAGCCGCCACCCUCGCUUCGAACUGAAUCUGAACACGGGGCCUCACCAGCCCGAUCAUGUCAGCCUUGAUCCCGCCAACGAGGCAAGCCACUGGUUUCUGCUUGAUAUCGCCAUGGGACGCCAACUUGGCCGCUCUCUGCACGGCCCUGCUGCGACCGAGGCUUUCGGCGCUAUCCCCCGCCGCUAUAUACUGGAAGCCAUCGCGAAUUCGCUCGAGUGGCAUCAAGCAAACGAGCUCAACUCGCCUAAUAGCGUUCUCAAUGCUUGUCGAGGCUGGCGAUUUAUCAUGACUGGCGAGUUUUCUUCGAAGUUGGACGGGGCCAAAUGGGCCAUGCAACAACCGGACUGCCCAGCCAUUGUGGAACGUGCCGUAGCAGCGCGCAAGACUGGAGGCGAACUCCCUGCAGCGCAGGUGAUGACGCUUUACGAGAGAGUUAUGAAGGCCAACCGUGCGAUUGAAUGA